AUGGGAGUUGAGGGUUCUACGUGUUCGUGGUGGGGAAUAAGUCUAGCAGUGUGUCGGUAUUUAAAGCCCGCGGACAAUGCAACGCAACUGUUCUCCUCUCUUGUUGAGCUCGAAGGCCUCGGCCGAGGGCCACUCAGUAGUGAGCAGGAUUUGGAGAGUUAUGAACGAUUUGCCGUGGAGGAUCAUGUGCAUGAUGUAAUUGAGAAACUGUGUGAAAUACCUGACGUGCGACGCGAGUUUCAGCUUGGCAGCGGAAUUCAGUUCGAUAAUCAUGCUGAUGCUCUGGAUGAGGACGAAGAUAGCCAGCUGGAAGCAUCGAACCCCCAGCGACCCAGACCCGGUCAAUUCUGCAUUCACCGAGUUGAUGGUUCUACGAACUCCCUUCUCACUAUGGUCGAGUAUAAGCCACCUCACAAGCUUUCCGUAGAAAGUCUCCGGGCAGGACUUCGGCCCAUAAACUUCUGGCAGUCUGGUCCAGCAGACACGAUCCCAACAGAUGAGGCGGAGAAGUUGAGACACAAUGCAGAGCGGCUAGCAGGGUCGGCAAUCAUUCAGGAGUACCAUGUCAUGAUUCAAGAGGGGCUCGAGUAUUCAUAUGUGACGAUUGGUUUGGUGCGUGUCCUUCUACAAGUCCCAUAUGACGAUCCAAGCACUCUGUACUAUUGUCUGUGCGAGCCCAAGCUGGAUGCGAAUGCAGGGGAUGGCCAUAGCCUUCUGGGACCGAAUACCGACAUUGGCGGGGUGCUUUGUUUUUGCUUAAUGAGCUUUCGUUCGCCUCCUCGCGACCAGGCAUGGCGGAAUGCUGCCCGGGCGCGGUUACAUGUAUGGAAGACGAAUUUUGAUCACACAUGUUCUCAGAUUCCUGAUGCGGAAUUUAUCUGCCGUCAUCCCCCCCCCAUUGAAUCUCCCACGCCAGCGGGCUGUCGAAUGCCCACUCAGUCUCGAGUUGGCUGUGCACCUUCGGAUACAUUAUAUUACAGAGAGUCGAUGGACUCUUCGGACUCUGAUUCUCACCAAGCCACGUCAGGACGGAAGCGAGGGUUCAGUCAGGUUAUAGCAUUUCCGCCCACACAGAGAUCAGGACGCCAAGCUGGGACUCGACAGGUGCAAAGCGGUUCAUACAAAGAACAUGCGGUGCAAUUUUGCACACAACGCUGUCUGCUUGGUCUGCAACAGGGUGGCCCACUCGAUGAAAACUGUCCAAAUGUCAAGCUGUACCGACAAGGCCGAUGUGGCUGCCGACACUGUAUCGAUACUGGUACCUUGGUGCAGUUGCUCCAACAGCAGCUGGACAAAGAUUUGGACCACAACUGCACGCCUUUCGGUGCUCGUGGAUCUUAUGGGGCGCCGUUCAAGAUCACUUGUGCUGCGUAUGGCUAUACCGUUAUCCGAAAAGGAACCACUUCUCAACUGUGGAAGGAGGUUUCGCAUGAAGCAGAGAUAUACCAGGUCCUAAAGAGAGCACAGGGGUCAACAGUGCCCGUUUUUCUGGGGCCGAUCAACUUAACAAACAUUUAUUUUCUACAUGGAGCUGGAGAGAUUCGUCACAUGCUGCUCAUGGCUUGGGGAGGCGACAGUGCCACAGAUUGUAAGAAGGGGACCGUAUAUCGCCGCGAGAAACUCAGAUCAAUUCAGGAAAUCCACUCUUUGGGGAUCAUUCAUCAGGACCUUCGGUCAGACAAUAUUAUUUGGAAUAUAGAGCUCAAUCCUGCUCUGGUUAUUGACUUCCAUCGUACUGAGUUAGAUCGCCGGUUGAUAAGCAACCGGGUAAAAUCUCGAGAGAGACUAUUGUGUGGGAUGGAAACACGUGCUCCAAAAUGA